AUGGCGACCUCUCUCGCUUCGCAGUUGGCGCAGAUUGCCGCCAACUCCAAGUCAACUCUCAACAUCAAAACCCAGAAGGCUGCACACUCCAAGUCUCUCAUCUGGGAGCCUCGUGUCGCCGCGACUCAAAGCUACCAGACGUUGUAUACAAUAUGCUAUCCCGGAUUCGAGGAGCUUUGCCAGCUUGAUAAUCGUUUUGCACGGUUCCAAUCGACUAUUUUCGGCGAAGAGAGUCAGACCCAGGACAGAACCCAGCUGUCCGCUAGCGAGAAUGAGGAACUUGAUCGCCAGAUUGAAGCCUUCCUCCGCUUGGCCGGGAGCAAGUUAAGACUUAUGCCAGCAAUCAAGUCGAUUGAGUGGUUAAUUCGCCGAUUCCGUAUUCACGAAGAGAAUACAGCCGUUCUGCUGAUGACCUUUCUCCCUUACCAUUCUAUUCCUACGUUCGCAACACUUCUUUCAAUCUUACCCGCCAAAAUUCCACAUGAAUUUCGCUUUCUCGACCCGUACAUCCGAUCUUUGACCUCACCACCGAGAUCAGUUCUCGUACACCAGACAGUCCACCAUCCCGAGUUCCUGUCUUCCGUAUCCGAGUACACGCUUGAGUCAUGCAGAAAACAGUAUCACUAUCCCACCCUCAUUAUGUUUUGGGGUGGUCUCAUGACCGAAGCUGUAAAUGGAAUGUUGGAUAGAACACGAUCGGGUCGUGCCUCUGUUCAAAGUCACAACACCCAAGACUUGCUACACAGGCUAGGUCCAAUCUUCGCUGAGUCUCUCGUCAUGAAGAAGGUGCCUGGCCUCCAAAUUGCGUCGUACAUGGCCAUGACUGUCUUUGUUUCCAAGGGAAAUUUGGAAGAUAAUGCGGUAACAGCUUUCAUGCAGCAGACGGUCUACGGUUGGACGAACGAGACGAUUCGGCCUGGCCUUGUGUGUCUUGUAAUUUUGGCACAAUUCAGAUCGGCGAAACAAAUGAGCAGCAAAGUCACCAAGGCGCUGAUGAAGGUCCAAGAUAUUGGCCCCAUGUUGGUCGAGAUUGGCAAGGAACGCAGGGUGGACAAAUUGGCCAAUGGACUUUGCCUCGCCUUGAUUGAGCGAUUUUCCAAGAAGGGGGAUUCCCGAGGACUACCUACUAUCAUGGCCAUCUUGGGCAGCAAAAUACUCAAGGAGAAACAAAUCGCAGUCAUCUUCAAAUCCCUGCUUUUGGCCGCCCUGAAGCUCGAUGAUAAUAACGACGAAGAUGGCGCGCUAAGGCGAGAGCUUGGUUCUGCUUUAAUCUCCCUAUCGCAGACUACUGGGAAGUCGGGUGAGAUUAUUCAGUCAGUUAUCCAGGAUGUCGAGUUCGAUAUUGAGGAGCUAGAAAUGAAACUGGACCUCUCAUUCAGAGCUAGAAACCCUCCUGCGCUGGAUGAAAACAUAACAACCGACCAACUGGAAAGUGUUAAAAAGCCUCGGGAUUUGGGCAGCGCCAUUAGUGAGCUUGCUACUCGAAAAGAGUCACUUCCGCCCUGCCUUUUGCCUGAACCAAACGAACUAUUCGAGGAAUUCAGCCACCUUUUCUUCUCAAUCGUGUCUGAGACUUCUCAGCAAGGCGAUAUGAUGACUCAAUUUGAUGAAAUCCCCCAGCUUGGACGCGAGGCCGCCUUCAAGGACUGCACGUAUUUUAGCUUUUUUAUUCGAAUUUGGUCUGGACCUUAUCCUGCCCUGGCUCGCAUGGCCGCUUUGAAUAUGGUCAAGAGUAGGCUCAAGUCUAGCGAUGCAAGCAAAAUGGAUGUGCAAGCUCUUAUUCCGUACGCAAUAACGGCUCUGAGCGAUCCCUCGAAACGAGUUCGGCAAGCGGCUGCCGAGCUCAUCGCCGUGGUCACUGACCUAUACACUCCCCCCGUCUCAGCCAAGUCAAUGAAGACUUGGGGCUCCGGCUUACUCUACGGCAAGGCCGAGGAUAAACAGCCUCUUGCGGUCGAUGUAACUGCAAAGAUGCUGCAUUUGCAACUUCUUCCUAGCAUCGAGGAGUGUGUCAUGGACCCUGAGCACAUUUCAUCAAUUCUCAAGUCAGUCAUUGAGCAAGGCAAAUAUCAAGUUGCUCCUCCACCAGCCUUGGACAAAAAAGAUCAUAUGAACCAAUCGGCUAGACUGGCAAUACUGUCAUUUUUUGCUUCUCAUGCCGAAUUGACUCCCUUGAUAGUGGUAAAGAACAGGCUUUUGAAGUCUUUGAACGAGGUCAAGGGUGUUGGAAACACGUCCCGAACACGGAUGUUGUUGCCGUUGCUGAACUGGUGGACAACUCUGAGUGAAUCAGAAAUCCGAAGGCAAUGCACAGAAGAGAAACAAGACAUUUUGACUCUAAACUCUCAAUUUGUUGAUGUUGUUGUGCCCAAUGAUACUGAGGGUCUCGAGUUUCUCUUCAAGUUGCUCAAGGACCCUGCUCAAAGAGAAAAGGCAGACCUCAUGCGAGCCAUUUUUGGCCGUUUGCGAAAGAUGUGGCCUUCCAUGAAAGACCCUGUUAAGUUCAUAGUGGCAGAGCAGCUCCUGGCAAUCUCGCAAGAGUCGCCGUCUUCUUCAGACGACGAAAACUCGAUUGUUUCAAUAGAAGCCGCCGAGUUACUUCGGGCGGUCCCCCUAACCACCGACAUUUUAUCCUUCUUCCUAGACUCUAUCCAGACUGGAACCAAGAUGAUCACGGAGCCGCCUCCAAACAAGCGCCGCCGCACAAGCUCCACGGAUGUCAAUCGAAGCCUAAUCACCCAUGUCACACCGGAGCUAAGCCAAGCCCUGCGUAAAGUCACCUUUGUCUUGCAGCUUGUUGAUAACUCGGACCCGGUUUCGCAUCCGGAGUUACUGGAUGGCCUCUUCACAGCUCUUUCAGAACUGCAACACUUUAAAACAGUCGUCGGUUCAGAGCUUGGUUAUCUGCAGAACUUGAUUCUUCGUAGCCUGUUGGCCAUGAUGCCCGCUUACAAAGCCGACAAGGAGUUGACAAUUGAUAGUUCUGGCGGCUACGGUGAUUUGCUUGUUAACUGCAUCCAGAAGUCGUCCAGUCCUGUAGUCCAAAACGCCGCACUCCUGUUGGUUGCCGAUCUUGCCACCACCGCCCCCAAUCUUGUUCUUCACAGUGUCAUGCCCAUCUUCACCUUUAUGGGGACGUCUGUGCUGCGACAAAGUGAUGACUAUUCUGCUCAUGUAGUCUCUCAAACUAUCAAGGAGGUUGUGCCCCCGUUGAUCGAGUCUCUUCGCCAUGGGAAAAACGGCCCUGUUGCUGGUGCCUCGGACAUUCUUGUCAGCUUCACAACCGCCUACGAGCACAUUCCAUCUCACAGACGACAAGGCUUGUUCGUGGCUCUAGUUGAGACUCUGGGACCUCGAGAUUUUCUCUUUGCCCUUAUCAGCAUGCUGGUCGACCGUUACGACACCAGCGAAGCACUCUUAUCCUUCAUUGUUGACCUCUUGAACAACUUUGACAUAAAAACGCAAUUGGAAACCUUGGUCAAAGUCGUGGAGCUUGUGUCCGACCUAUUCAAGCCCAAACCCGGCAUGUCGUUUGUUCUGCUGGGGAUCACUGACGAUGGGGAUAAAGACGUCGAAAAGGUUGCCCUUCGGCAACUUUCGGCACUCCCUAGCUUUUUGGCCAACAAAAAGUUGCGGUCUCAAAUUGGAAAACUGGCUGAUCGGGAGGAUAUGGACACAGCGGAGGUGCGAGAGUUUUAUGCCACCUUGCUUGAGAACAUCCUAGUUUUGGCCGACACCGUCAAGACGAACAAGACGCUACACGGACGAUGUGGAUCUGCGCUUUCCAACUUGCUCAACUUGCUAUCUAUUGGGGAAUUCAUCAAGGCAGUGGAGAACCUGCUGGACCGACCUGAUCUGGGUUUGCGGCAAAAGGUCCUGCGUGCCCUCGAGGUUCGAGUUGAGACGGAGAGUAACACUGAUGCCGCCUCCAGGAAUGCUCUGCUAUCAUUCUUGCCCCAGCUCACAGCUGCCAUUCGGGAAUCAAGUGACAUUCGCUAUAAGCAUACUGCGGUUACCUGUGUGGACAAGAUUGCAGAAAAGUAUGGCAAGAAGGAUGUCGAAGCCGUCGUCGCCGCGGCUGAAACGAUUGCUGGCCCAUACUGCCUGGGUCAAGAGGAGAAGCGCCUCCGUGUCAUGGCUCUGCUAUGCUUGACGUCGCUUGUUGAUGUGUUGCAGGAUGCCGUCGUUCCAGUCUUGCCUAUUGCCAUCCCAGAGGCCGUCAAGUAUCUUGAGGCUAGUCUGGGGGGCGAGAACGCUGACGAGGAGCUUCACUCCGCAUGCUACGGUUUCAUCAGCUCUCUAGCGGAGCAUCUCCCGUACAUGUUGUCCACGUAUCUUGACAAGAUUCUUGAGGUGUCCAGUCGAUCAGCCGAAGCUGACCUAGAUGACGAGGCCAAUGAGAGCCGGACAAGCUGCCUGGAAAUUCUCGCCAAGAAGCUGGAAGCAAAAGAAGUCUUUACUGCGCUGGAGCGCAAUUGGGAAAAGGCCACCGAUGCAGGGUUCUCUGCCACUCGUGAAUUUUUCGCGGUUCUUUCCACUGCAAUUGACAAGCACAACAAGUCUAGCAUUACAAAGAACAUAUCAGUCCUGUCUAAUAUCCUACUCAAGGCUUUUGACCUACGUCGCCAAGUCGCUGCCAAGGGCGAGAAGAGCGAAGCGGCUCUGCGCGAAGUUGCCGACAUCGAAACCAGCUUGAAUGAGGCGUCCCUCAAGAUGAUUUAUAAACUCAACGACGCCGCAUUCCGACCCUUGUUUGUACAAAUCGUGGAAUGGACAAGCUCCAAUCUUCCCAAGAGUGAUAAGUCUGGACGAAACCUCCGGCAAUAUAGCGUCUACGGCUUUCUCAACGCAUUCUUCGGAAACUUGAAGUCAAUUGUCACAAACUACGCCACAUACGUGAUUGACGAUGCAGCCAAGAUUCUUGGAGCUGUUAACCCCAAAUCAGUUGAGGACCGCCAGCUGUGGAGUCGAGUACUGCAGGUGCUUGCAACCUGCUUCGAACAUGAUCAGGACGACUUUUGGCAAGCUCCAUCCCACUUUGGAGCCAUCGCUCCUGUCGUGAUGGACCAAUUUCUCCAGGCCGGCUCCGUGGAUGUGUCUGAGCGGUUGAUUCCAGCCGUUGUGGAAUUAGCUGCCGCUGCCGACUCGCAAGCACAUCAAAAGGAAAUCAAUGCUGCUCUCAUGAAGCAUCUGAAAUCAGAGCAGACGGCGGUCCGACUAGCAGCAGUCAAAUGUCAGCAGGCAUUGACGGAUCGACUGGGAGAGGAGUGGCUAUUGAUGCUGCAUGAGAUGUUGCCCCGCAUCAGCGAGUUACAGGAAGACGACGACGAGGUAGUGGAGAGGGAAACGCAUCGAUGGAUUGUGAAAAUUGAAGCCGUUAUGGGCGAGAGUCUGGAUAGUAUGCUGCAGUAG